AGUGUGAGGCGCACGGCGCACAGCGUGGACUUGGAGAUGUCUUGGCAGGAUUACGCACGACGACACGACCAACGCGAAAGCCUCUUUAAACCGAGCAGGACACUUUGAAGCUGAACUGGACACAGUUUCAACUUCUGAUUUGGAGAAAACCACUUCUUUCGCAGCUUCUUUAAGGCGUUUUUCUUAUCUUUAUUUUUCGUCUCGGCGGGGUGAGACUCGGAUCUGUCCUUCUUCGCAGCAGCAGGAGCAGCAGCGGAGUCUGGAUGUGACUUGUCCUUCUCCUUCUCUUAGACUCGGGUCACGGUGACUACAGAGGAAUGAAAGGGAUGUAAACAGCUGGUGGGAGAAAACAAACUCUACAGAGCAACCGUUUUUUUUCAGAGAUCACAGAAAGAGAGGAUGAUCCCGCCGGCCAACAUGAUUCAGGACGAAAGUGGGGGCAAAGAGGACGAACGGGACCAGAAUGAGACACCAAAAUCCCCGACGGCCAACGCCAGCCAGCAGGAAACCAAGCUGCAGAGACUCAAACGCUCCCUGUCCUUCAAGACCAAGAGCAUCCGCAGCAAGAGCGCCGACAACUUCUUCCGGACCAGCAGCGACAACAAGACAGGAGCUGCUGUCCGACGUGAGCAGCAGCACGGGCCAUCUCUGCAACAUCGGGAUGGCCCCGCCACACACCACCAACCUCCCCAUCCCCCCGGUGCCCCCGGCCAUCCCACUCCGCAGGGGCACUGCUUCAUGGAGCACAUCUUCAAGAAGCCCACGUUCUGCGACGUCUGCAACCACAUGAUCGUAGGUACGAAUGCGAAGCAUGGCCUGCGCUGCAAAGCCUGCAAGAUGAGCCUCCACCACAAAUGUGAGAAUGGAGUUGGACAGCAGCGCUGCAUGGGCAAACUGCCAAAAGGCUUUCGGCGGUACUACAGCUCCCCAUUACUGAUCCAGGAACAGUACGGCUGCAUCAAAGAAGUUAUGCCCAUCGCCUGUGGCAAUAAGGUGGACCCGGUGUAUGAGGCCUUGAGGUUCGGGACGUCUCUGGCACAAAAGGCCAAGAGGGCCAGUGGCUCUGAGUCUCCACACAGAAACUCGACCAGUGACUUGGACAAGGUUCCAGAGGAAGUGGUGGCUCACAGCAGUAGACAGGAGCUGUCGAGAAAACACAGCGACGAUGUUUUCACUGUCAUUGAGAAUGGGAUGGAGCAUUACCACCAGCCAGAGAGAAAACCUGACGAUUUGCCGUUGGAGCAGAGCCAGCUACAGAAGGACAUCCUAAAGCUCAACACCUAUGUGGCCUUGUACAGUUUCACUGCCCAAGAGAGCCAUGACCUGGAGAUGAGAGCAGGAGACAGGAUCUUAUUGGCUGACGACUCUAAUGAUGACUGGUGGAAGGGGGUAAUUGAGGACAGGAUCGGCUUCUUCCCAGCAGCCUUUGCUCAUCAGGUGCGGGCCGGGGACCAGGUGUUCAGGUGUAACAGGACAUUCAUCGGCUGUAAAGAACAGGGACAGAUCACCCUGAAGGAGGGACAGAUCUGUGUGAGCAGUGAGGGCGAGCGCAGCGGCUUCAUCAAGGUGGCGAGUGGAAAGAAGAGAGGCUUUGUGCCCUGUGAUGUCCUGGAAAUCAUCUGAGAGAAAACAUUCUGAGAAAUGAAGAAUGAGUGAGAGAGAGAGAGAGAGAGAGAGAGAGAAAGAGAGAAAAGGUAGGAUCAGCCGCCCAGAGGUCAGAGGUGGAGGACAACUGAACCUACAAAAUGGCUCCGAGACACCAGUGAGUUUUGUCACUAAGGACUCCACUUUGUUGCAGGUCAGAGUUUCUGUACCUUCCUCGCUCCCUCUCAGCACAGAGAGAGAGAUGCUGAGAUAACAGUUUGUUGUUUGCAAGAAGACAGGAGGAGAUCUCUGUAUCACUGGAUUUGAUCUAAUUUAUGGAGCCAAUGUGUGUGUGUGUGUGUUUUUACCCUUAGUUUUAUUCUGCUACAAGCUGUUUAUUUUCUGAAAGUGGGCUGGCUGUUUACGCCUGAGAAAAGGAAACAAACACUUACUUCAGUUAUUAUUUUCAAGGUUUUAGUACAUACAGUGGCAUUCAUCCUACAGAUAGUUUAGUUUCUCAUGCUUUUACAUUACGUUCCUAGCAAAAUGUUAGCUUUUAAUACACAGUAGUCAACACUAGGCUCUGAAACGGAUGACAAAGUCUUUGAAAAAACAUGAUGCAAAAAAACAAAAACAAACAAGAACUUUAACUUUAAGCCUUAAAUCCCCAAAAUAUCUUUUAAAAGAACUUCCUGUAUAGCCUCCAGCAUACAAUUACAAUCCUACAAAAGGUUUUUCCAUAUGUUUCUCUCUUGUAGCACAUCAGGUGCGACAAAGAGAUGUGGGGGAGUAUUUUCAGAGGAGUUUGACACAAUCAAAGAUGUGAUUCUCUCUGGUCCUCCAGAAAUAUCACCCUCACACUCCCCACAUCUUUACAAUAUCUCACUUCAAUGCUAUCCAGGAUUUUACUUAACAUUUUGCAUUUUCUCUGAGCUGCGAAAUCUGCCGGAUUUCUCCUUUUUAUCUGUUCAUUGAUUUAAUCUUCUCUGUUUUUGGGUGUUUUCAUUAAAGAUUUCCGUCUUCAUCGCUAUAAAACAGAGAAUCAGAAGGUACAGCUUUGGUAUAAUUUAGCACAGAGGGUGUUUUUUUUUUCAACAAUUUGAUGAUCAAAGCUUAAGUGAUCUGGUGGGAAUGACUUGUGAACGCACGAUGGCACCUGUAAGACAAUGAUACAUUUCUAGUUAGCAUGUUAACUUUAAAUGUGAUCACUCUCUUGUGGUUUUUCUCUGUCUCAGCACAGACUAUUGUGAACAGGAUGUCUUGUUCAGAUUCUAAUGAAGUGCAUUUCUGGCAAGGUGUUGCAUCAUAGUAGAUAUAGUAUAUCUCUUAAAGGUUGUUCUGCACUGAAACUUGGCUUUAUUGAAUGUCCAAAAAUGCUAUAUUGUACAUAAUGUACGUACAAGAUUAAAACUCCUUCUUUAUCACAAUA